GAACCUUCUUUCCAAAUCCUUCUCCCCAGCUCGUCGGCGAAUAAAAAGACGGUCGUUACAAUGGCAAUGUGGCAAAUGGGGCAACGUUCUAGACUUCUGCAAGCCGUGGGUCGGGGGGGUGGGAGCACAGGCCGAUGCUCGGUCUGGACCGACUUCCGGGUGCUUGAGGCUGAUGGUCGUCCCGCUGUCAAGCAGGGUUCAUACCCGAUACGUAGAGCUUGUGGAAGGAGGACCCUCAGGCCAUCCUUCCAUGUUCAUGUGCGAUCCGGGCUGAGCUGAGCUGUCUCUUCUGACUUUGUACAGUAGGGUGCCAUAAGUAUUCGCACAUGGCCCGUGCGGACCCACUGUAUUCAACCAACUACAGAUUCACACUGAGACUUCUAAGAGAAGUGAUUGGCUGAUGAGCACAGACCCUGUGCGAAU